AUGAGCGGAAAAGAAAACCCAAUGGGCGCCGCGGCCAGUUCUGGGGCGUUUGUCAAGCCCGAGCCGAUCGAUACCGAGCUGCCUGCGCGCCCGCUCCACCGAUCUAACUCGGUUUCUAAACCGCCCGGCUCACCGAGCAAAGUCAAGCCCGAGCCUAGCGACCGCAGCGAUAUGCCUGUGCCUACUCCACCUGCCAGUCCUCGCAAGUUGACCAAGACCGAUUCCUUCGCUGAGCUCAAGAUGCGCCCGCGCCCCUCUGCCGACUUCCGUGCCGCGGCCGAGCGCUUCGAGAAGCAUGCGUCUGCUGCAGAAAUUGACUACACGCCUGAGAAGGCUCUUCAGGCCGGUCUCAGUUUCACGAAGGUCGUCGACAAGAGCGUCAAGAAGCUCGAGCUCGGUAGCAAGAUGCGUAAGGACGUAUGGUUACGUGAAAUCGCAAGCCUCAAGACGCAGGGAGCGCCCACAACCAUGAUCGCCGUCUGCGGUGCUACUGGCGCGGGCAAGUCCUCUAUUCUGAACGCCGUCCUUGACGACAACAUUGUCCCGACGAGCGGCAUGCGAGCAUGCACGGCAACGGUUACCGAAAUUGCGUAUCACAACAAGAAGACUAUUGAGGCCGAUAUCGCCUUCCUGUCCGAGAAGGAGUGGAUGGAAGAGCUCAACGUACUUCUCGAUGACCUGAUCGACGAGGACGGCACCGUCAAGCGCUCAACCAACUUGAACUCCGACGCUGGUGUUGCUUGGUCCAAAGUCCACGCAGUAUACCCGUCGCUUACGCAUGAUGUGAUCGGUAACCUGACUGCCCAAUGGGGCAAGCAGACCGCUGAGAAGAUUGUCGAACGUGAUCCUCGCGUACGCUCAAAGCUUGGUACCACGGUCAAGAUCGUUGCGAAGGACUCGAAACAAUUCGCCGCCGAGGUCGGCAAGUACGUCGAUUCCAAGGACCCUAAGCGCGACCGCAAGAAGAAGGACAAGGAGCAGAAGAAGGCUGAGAAGGAGAGAGCCGAGAAGGCACCCAUGACACUUGCGGAGAUUCUGGCUAGUGGCGGUCAUGCCAAACCCAAGAAAGACACGUCGGAGGGCCCCGCUUUCUGGCCUCUGAUCCGCCUCGUCAAUGUCCGGUGUAAGGCGAAGGCGCUUGAAACUGGCGCCAUCCUGGUCGACUUGCCCGGUGUUGCCGACGCAAACGCGGCGCGUAACAAUAUUGCGAAGGAUUACAUGAAGAAAUGUAACUGUAUCUGGAUCCUCGCCCCUAUCACUCGCGCUGUUGACGACAAGACCGCGAAGGAUCUCCUAGGCGAUGCGUUCCGUACUCAGCUCAUGAUGGAUGGCAAUUACGACGCGCAUACGAUCACCUUCAUCGCGUCCAAGUGUGACGACGUAAGCUGUAGCGAGGUCAUCAAUGCUCUCGGCCUCCACGAGGAUGAUGACUUGAUGGCUAUCGAGGACCGCAUCGAGGAGUGCGACGACAAGAUCGCUGAGCUCAAGCCACAAGAGAACUCGGCCAAGGCCACACUUGCCGCCAUCGAGAAGAAACUGAAGGAGCUACGUCCGAUCAAGCGUGAAUACGAUGCGUGGAUCAAGGCCAUUGAGGAUGGGGAAGAGUUUACUCCGAAGCUUCUGGCCAAGAAGGCCGCCGCGAAGAAGUCCAAGACGUCCAAGGGUAAGAAGCGUAAGGCCGAUGACUCUGGCCGCAAGGGUGGGGCGAAGCGUCGUAAAGCCGACUCCGACUCCGAGGCCGACGAUGACGACGACUUCAUCGUGUCCGACCACGACUCGGAUGAGGACGCUGAAGGUUCCGACGAAGACGCUGAAGGCUCUGACGAGGAGAAGGACUCGGAUGAUGAGAAGAAUUCGGACGACGAGGACUCCGACAAGAGCGACUCCGAUGACGCAAUUGACGUAGACGUUGAGGACGAGGAGGUCACCGUCGACAGCCUCAAGGAGAAGCGUAAGGAGAUUGAGGAUCAGAUCAAAACCCUCCGCGAGCCCAUGGGCGACCUCAAGAAGAAAAAGAAGGACGCAUACGACCAAAUCUCCUUGUACAAGAAGAAGAAGGCCAAGGCGCAGCUUGAUAAGAACUCGUUCUGCGCCAUCAAGCGCUCCGAGUUCUCAAGGGACGUGCUAAAGCAAGACUUCCGUCUCGGUCUCAAAGAGCUCGAUGACGCUGCUGCAGAGGCACGCGACCCCGAGAACUUCGAUCCAACGGUGAACGUGCGCAACUACGACGCUAUUGACCUCCCCGUCUUCACCUGCUCCUCGCGCGACUAUGUCCGUCUCAAGGGCCAGGUCAAGGGCGACGGCGAGCCUUCCACCUUCACCAAGAUUGAAGAUACCGGCAUCCCGAAGCUGCAGAACUGGUGCCACGAGCUUACGCUCUCAUCCCGCGAUCGCGCCGCGCGCACCUUCCUCACGAACCUGAAGACGUUUGCCAACUCAGUCCGGCAGUACCUCGACAACACUGCACAGAUAACUGAGCUUGACCGCGCUACACUCAAGGAAAAAUGGGAGUCUGGCGCCACGCAUGACCCUGAGGAUGACCCAUGGGGCCUCACGUACGGCGCAUACGACGAUGAGGACGACGGGUACUCCGACGACGGCUAUGGCGCUCUGGGCGGCUUUGGCCGCAGUGGGAUCAAUGCAGCACUGGACAGUAUCUUGAGCGGCAGCGCCUUGUACACCAUGCAGAAGUCUGCGCCGAAAGUCGACGAGUACGGACAGCCCAUCGGUAUUGUUCCGCGUCUCAAGAAGGAGUUCAAGAAGAUCAUCGACGACACCAUCGUGAGCCUCAAGAACGAAUUCAAGGCGGGCUUGCAAGAGAAGUGCGAGACUGGUGCUCAUCUGGCUGCUGCCGCUGCGAUCGAGAAGUCGGAUACAUUCGCCGCGAGCAUGCACUGGGCCACUUACCGGGCAACUCUUCGCCGCCACGGUUCAUUCCGCCAGGAUCUGAACGUCGAAUUGAUCUCGCCCAUGACGAAGAACAUCGCUUCUAGCUGGGCGCAGAUCUUCGAGGCCGACCUCUUCGCCGACUUCCAGCAGACCGUCAUGGACACUGUCGACCGUCUGACCAAGGACGUCGAGUCGACCGCAGCGCAAGCCCUUCGCGAUCGUGUGCGUAAUCAAGCCGACCUCUGUCUUGACGAGGCUCGCCUGGCUCUUCAGAACGCUAUCGACAUUGUGAAGGAGACGCUUAACACCAAGCAAAAGGAAAUCUCUCGUCUUCUUGCGCCUCACGUCCAGAACGAGCUCGUGGAGGGCUAUGACAGCGCAAUGGAGGAGCGUGGCCCCGGUAGCGUCGCUCGCCAGAAGGCCGCCUUCCACCAAUACAUUGUGGAAGUCAAGGACGAUAUCUUCAGCGGCGGUGCAGGUGAAGUCUUGAGCGAGUUGGACAAGGCUGCCGAGGCUGUCGGCGACGCCUUGCGAGACCGCCUGACGCAGCUCGCGCAGAAGGUCGAGGUCAGCAUUGCUACGCUGUGGGAGGGUGUGAACGACGACCCCUCCCAACGUACAGUCCGUGAAGAGGUCAUCACAACCAUGUCCGAGGUCAUCGGCCAAAUUGACCUCUGGGGGGUCGCCCGCGAGACUCGUAACCGUAUCGCUGAAGAAGCCGCUGCCGCCCAAGCUGCCAAUGACGAGAUGAACAUUGAUUAG